AUUUCAGUGCUUUGUUAUUAUUUUUUAAGCCUAAUUCGACUUAAAGAAUCUCAGCACCGUCCAAGAGGGAAAGCUGCAUGCAUGUAGGCUGUGGGAAGCGGUAGCCUCUAGGGCCCAGAGGAUAUGCGGGAGGCAUUUUCUCUGCUGGUGCGGCUGCGAGCGAGCAGAGCGAGAGACCUGGAAAUGAAAGUAAAGAGCUCAGGAGGCACAUGGAGGGAGCUGCAGGGGCAGCCGAUCCACAAGCAGAAUGCUCCCUCCUAUAAUUAAAUAGCACUUACUGUUAUUAUUACUUUUAGUAAUAAUACGUUAAUAAUACCUCUAGUAAUAUAAUACCAUUUAUCGAGGAAAGUUAUACGUAGCGUGGGGGGGAGAACCGGAGGAGAGCAAUUGUAAUGGAGAGACAGAAGAGAAAACAAGAAAUAGAGAAAGGACUUCAAUUAAUUCAGUCUACGUUACCUUUAAGCCAAGAAGAUUAUGAGGCUGUCUUGCAGAAGCUGGUGAGAAACUUGUUUGCAGAGGGCAAUGAUUUGUUUCGAGAGAAGGAUUUCAAGCUGUCGCUGGUACAGUAUGUAGAAGGGCUGAACGUGGCAGAUUAUGCAGCCUCUGAUGAGGUGACCAUCCCAAAGGAACUCCUGUGCAAGCUGCAUGUCAACCGAGCUGCCUGCUACUUCGCCAUGGGGUUGUACGAGAAGGCUCUGGAAGACAGUGAAAAGGCUUUAGGUCUUGACAAGGAGAACAUCCGAGCGCUCUUCCGCAAAGCUCGCUCUCUAAAUGAACUUGGAAGACACAAAGAGGCGUAUGAGUGUAAUAGCCGUUGUCUGCUCUCCCUCCCCCAUGAUGAGAGCGUCACGCAGCUGGGACAGGAGCUUGCACAGAAGCUGGGACUGAGGGUUCGAAAAGCAUAUAAAAGGCCUCAGCAGGAAUUGGAAACAUUCUCUCUACUCAGUAACGGCACGUCCAUCAAUUUGUCAAAUCAGACCACUUCCAAUGGUUUGGGGUCGAUUGAUGAUAUCGAAACAGACUGCUCUAUGGACCUGCAGUGCCUGCCAGCUCCUGUGGCCACCCCCAUCCCCGUGAGCGAGGGGCUGUCCCCUUUGCACUCAGAUUCAGAUGCAAAGGGCCUGCCUAGCUCGCUCCCUGCUGCUAGCCUGCUCCCAUCUCCAGAGUCCGUGUCUCUGCCAGUGCCUGACAGUGUGGAGGACUUCACAGAUGGGGACAUAAUUGGGGAAGAACUGGACUCCCUCCUGGAUUCCCUCGCUGAGGGUUCACCGUACCCUCUAUCUUUGGUCCAGGGCACCAUUCCCACCAACCUGCCAACAGAGAUGCCCCAGCUGAUCCCCGUGUUUCCAGGGGGAACUCCGCUGCUUCCUCCAGUUGUGACAGCUAGCAUCCCUGUCUCCACCCCGCUGCCACCUGCCUCCUUUGGCCUGGUGAUGGAUCCCACCAAACAGCUCUCCUCUUCCUCUGUCUUGGAUGCCUUCGAGCCCCCACCCGGGGGAAGUGGUGGCUCCACCUUAGAUUCCCUGGAUUCCCUGGACCUGCUCCCCUACACAGACUCACGUCUCGAUGCCCUGGAUUCCUUUGGGACAAGCAGAGGGUCGCUGGAUGCCUUGGACUCCUUUGCCAUCGAAGAAACCAGCCCUCAGGAACUGCGACAUCCACCUGGCAACCAAAAACCAUCCCCCGUGGUCAGCCUUGGAGGAGUGAGUCACCCAGCUGUGCCCAAAGUCACCGAGCACCUGCUGUCCCAGCCAGAACCAGUAAUACCCAACACAGCCUUGCUGGUGAAGAACCCUCUGGCAUCCACCCAUGUCUUCAAACAAGCCUGUCACAUCUGCUACCCUAAAACAGGCCCCAAGGCUGGUGAUUACACCUAUCGAGAAGGCUUGGAGCAUAAAUGCAAGCGAGACAUCCUGCUGGGCCGGCUGAAGAACUCAGAAGACAAGACUUGGAAGAGGAUCCGUCCUCGCCCAACCAAAACCAACUUUGUAGGAUCAUAUUACCUGUGCAAAGAUAUGCUUAACAAGCAGGACUGUAAGUACGGGGAUAACUGCACCUUCGCGUACCACCAGGAAGAGAUCGACGUGUGGACGGAGGAGAGGAAGGGGACUCUCAACCGUGACCUCCUCUUUGACCCACUAGGUGGGAUCAAGCAGAGCAACCUUACCAUUGCCAAGCUCCUGAAGGAACAUCAAGGCAUCUUCACCUUCCUCUGUGAGAUUUGCUUUGACAGCAAACCCCGGAUUAUCAGCAAAGGGACCAAGGACACGCCAUCUGUCUGCUCCAACCUCUCUGCCAAACACAGUUUCCAUGACAACAAGUGUCUGGUCCACAUCGUACGUUCCACAUCCCUGAAAUAUUCCAAGAUCCGACAGUUCCAGGAACACUUUCAGUUUGAUGUGUGCCGGCACGAGGUGCGCUACGGCUGCCUGCGUGAGGAUAGCUGCCACUUUGCUCAUAGUUUCAUUGAGCUCAAGGUCUGGCUGCUGCAGCAGUAUUCAGGAAUGACCCACGAAGAUAUUGUGCAGGAAUCUAAGAAGUACUGGCAACAGAUGGAGGCACAUGCCAGCAAACCAACCAACAACAUGGCUUCUCCCCGGGCUCCCACAUCGAGCACCUUUGACCUUCAGAUGAAAUUUGUGUGUGGCCAGUGCUGGAGGAAUGGACAGCUGGUGGAGCCAGAUAAAGACCUCAAGUACUGUAGUGCCAAAGCCCGCCACUGUUGGACAAAGGAACGUCGAGUUCUGCUGGUGAUGUCCAAAGCGAAGAAGAAGUGGGUGUCUGUCCGACCACUGCCUUCCAUCCGCAACUUCCCACAGCAAUAUGAUUUAUGUAUCCAUGCACAAAAUGGCAGGAAAUGCCAGUAUGUGGGCAACUGCUCCUUCGCCCAUAGUCCUGAGGAGAGAGACAUGUGGACCUUCAUGAAGGAAAACAAAAUACUAGAUAUGCAGCAGACCUAUGACAUGUGGCUAAAGAAACACAAUCCUGGGAAGCCUGGAGAGGGAACACCACUCACUUCGCGAGAAGGGGAGAAACAGAUCCAGAUGCCCACUGACUAUGCUGACAUCAUGAUGGGCUACCACUGCUGGCUCUGCGGGAAGAACAGCAACAGCAAGAAGCAAUGGCAGCAGCACAUCCAGUCAGAGAAGCACAAGGAGAAGGUCUUCACCUCAGACAGUGACUCCAGCUGCUGGAGCUAUCGCUUCCCUAUGGGCGAGUUCCAGCUCUGUGAAAGGUUCCAGAAGAGCAAGGCCUUACUGCAGAGCAAGCGUUGCAACUGGCCUGCUUUCUUGGGAAUUCAGUACUAG